AUGCCCUUCUUGCACGUCGCCAUCUAUCCCAGUGCACCUGGAAAAGGCCCUGCAUCAUCUGAUGUCCCACCUGUUCCCGCGCCCGACUCUCCCGCAGCGUCUGUCCUCCCUUCCGUACCACCUGUUGAUGAAACGCCCAAGCUUUCUGGCGUUCCUGAUGUUGAUGUGUGUAUGGUUUAA